CGCUAACAACCAACCGCCAACCUUUCUCUCUUCUCAAGUUUCUUGCAGCGGCGCUCUCUAUCCACUGGACUCCACGCACUACACAAGGAGUGCAGUCGACGGACAUCAAAUGCAGGUAUAGCCAGUUGGGGUGGAAGAGCGUAACCUACAGGUUCCCACCCCCUCUCCAGGCAGUAGCGCGGACGAACGUGAACAAGAAAAGCAGAGAAUGCCUUCAUACAGCGCUGUCAUUCAGGAUGAUGACAUCGAUGCGCUGGAACAACGAGUGAACAGGGAGAACAGGCGAGCGGCGAACGGUGGCGGCGUGCGGAUCAAGAAGCCGGGCAGGAAGCGGAGGGAUCUCACGUUCAGCGGCGGCGGACAGGCGAGCUGGAUAUCGAGUGUGAUCAACUUGGUGAACACGAUCGUCGGAGCCGGCGUGCUUGCUAUGCCCCGCGCCCUCUCGCAGAUGGGCAUUCUCCUGGGCACCUUCGUGAUAAUAUGGUCCGGCCUGUGCUCCGGGUUCGGUCUGUACCUGCAGACGAAGUGCGCGCGCUACCUCGAACGCGGCCACUCGUCGUUCUUUGCGCUGAGCCAGCUGACGUACCCGAACGCGGCCGUUCUGUUCGACGCCGCGAUCGCGAUCAAGUGCUUUGGCGUGGGCAUCAGCUAUCUGAUCAUCAUCGGGGACCUGAUGCCUGGUGUCGUGCUUGGCUUCAGAGAAAGUGCUGGUGAGAUAGGAUAUCUCGUCGAUCGACAUUUUUGGAUCACCGCCUUCAUGCUCAUCGUUAUACCGUUGUCAUUUUUGCGUCGUCUAGAUUCGCUCAAAUAUACAUCCGUCAUCGCUUUGGUGGCCAUCGGAUAUCUCAUCAUACUCGUCCUAGCCCACUUCAUCAAGGGCGACACACUAGUUGACCGAGGCGAAAUCCACGUCUUCACCUGGCAAGGCCCCGUACAAGCCCUGGCCAGUUUUCCCGUCAUCGUCUUUGCAUACACGUGCCACCAAAAUAUGUUUUCCAUCCUCAAUGAGAUAUCGAACAACUCGCACUUCCGCACAACUGCAGUGGUGGUCGCCUCCAUUGGAACGGCUUGCAGCAUUUACAUCCUCGUCGCCAUAACAGGAUAUCUUUCGUAUGGCGAUAACAUUGCCGGCAACAUUGUCGCCAUGUAUCCGCCUGCUGUGCCAUCCACCAUUGGCCGCGCUGCGAUCGUUGUGCUCGUCAUGUUCAGCUAUCCCCUGCAAGUACACCCUUGCCGCGCCAGUGUGGACGCGGUGCUCAAGUGGCGGCCUGGACGGUCACGCGAGGAACCUAGGGCACGCAGAGAAGAAGGCAGCGAGAUGAGCGACGCGAGAUUCGCGGUCAUCACGACCAUCAUCAUAGUCCUGUCGUACAUUGUCGCCAUGACGGUGCAUAGCCUCGAGGCCGUGCUUGCCUACGUAGGAUCCACAGGCUCUACGUCCAUUUCCUUCAUUCUGCCCGGUCUGUUCUACUACAAGAUCUCCGAUCCGGACUCCCCACACAAGCACAGGCUGCUCAAGUCCGACGACGAGGACGACUACGAUUCAGACGAAGGCAGCGUGUCGGUGAGGACGAGUCUGCGUAGCGUGCGGAGUGUCGGCAGCUUGGUAAGCAAGAGGCAGUGGAAGGAGGCGCUGUUGCGAAAGCUGAGCUUGGCCCUUGCCGUCUACGGGGUGUUGGUAAUGAUUGUGUGUUUGACGAUGAACAUUUUUUUCCAUGCCAGCCAUUGAGCGGAGGAUGGAUGAUCUAGCUUACAGGAAGUACCAUGUUUUGAAUAGACGUAGUGUAUGGAGUCUCGGAGCGUUAGAAUUAUGUGUAUACGGAGCUUUAGAGGGCAUACUGCGAGGGGAUGAAUCCUGGCAUAUUAGCGCAUCAUUUAGAUACAUCGUGGGUAUUGUGACCGAGCAUGACGUUCAUGUCAUCAAUGCUUCAAUUGGUGGAUAAGUUCUUGUGACCUUUUCAUAAACAAACUACGGCCAAGUCAUUGGCCAGUCAACCAGAGUAGUGGCAUUCCUAAUGCG